AUAUGGUGGUUUAAACUCAAUAAAGAUUACGCUUUAGAUCAACACACGUUAUCAGCUCGUUGCCUUUAGAAACCCUAGCUAAUAGCCAAAUAGCCUCCUCUUCCCGGUUCGUUGACGAAGAGAAGCAAAGCUCCGGACGAGAAGUGAACUGUGCGACGAGAAGUAAAGCUUCGACGAUCUCAUAGACCGAUCAACCCAUCAAAAGGAGAAGAUGUCUAAAUUAGCAAAUCUCGACUUCCCUGUUUUGAAAAGCAAUGGUGAAAAUUUCCUUGAUUGGGCACUUGAUGCAAGGAUCAUGCUACGAUCAAAGGGACUUGGUGAUACGAUCAUAAGUGACAAUAAGUCCAGUGAUAAAGAUCGAUACAGUGCUAUUUACAUAAUACGCCAUCAUCUCCAAGAGAGUUUGAAAACUCAGUACAGAACCAUGGAAAAUCCAUUGGACCUUUGGAACGCUUUACAGCGACGUUAUGACCACCAGAAAACGGUGAUGCUUCCAAGAGCUCAAUAUGACUGGAAACACUUGAGGUUCCAGGACUAUAAAACAGUUGACGAGUACAACUCUGUCCUGUUUAAAAUUGUUUCCAUGAUGGAAUUAUGUGGUGAAAAAGUUACUGAACUCGAGAUGCUUAAUAAGACUUUCUCGACUAUGCAUUCCAGUAACAUGGUAUUGCAACAGCAAUACAGAGAAAGAAAGUUCACCACAUACACUGAGUUGAUCGAAUGUCUUUUGUUGGCUGAAGCCAAUAAUGAACUGUUAAUGAAAAACAGUGAGAUGAGGCCUCCGGGAACGGCUCCAUUACCUGACAUCUCUAAGCUUGCUAUAGAGCAAAAGAAAGAAAGUAACCUUGUCCACCAUAAUAACCAACCCGGCUCAUUCCGUGGUAGAGGUAGGGGACGAGGUGGCACGUUUAACGCACACAGGCGAGGACGUGGUCGCGGGAACACACCAGGUUUCAGCCGUGGUCGUGGUCGUGGCCGUAGUGUGUCGUUUAAACCUCAGAUCAAGACUGAUUUGUGCCAUCGUUGUGGUAUGGGGAACCAUUGGGCAAAGAACUGCCGUACUCCUAAGCACCUAUGUGAACUUUAUAUCAAAAGUCUAACAGAGAAACCAGAAGCUCAUAUGGUUCGAGACUCAGGAUAUGAAGGAGAUGAUGACGAAGAGGACACAGAAUAUGUCCAGAACAAAGAGGAAGGAUCAAACCAAGAUACCGAGAUGGAGUUUCAGACUUCAGACAUUCUGAAAUAAGGAAUUAAAAUUCCAUAGUUUUUUUUAUUUUCCCCCAGUUUUGGUGUUUUCUUAUUUUUUUUAUGUUUGGUUUUGGUGUUAAACAUUAUAUUAUGCAUUAAUAAAUUCUUUUUAUUAUAUAUAUAUAUAUAUUGAUACGCCUAAAUAAAAAAAAAAAAAAAAAAACCAAACAUACAUAAAAAUAUAUA